ACUUCCGGUCACGAAACCACCUACUCACAGAAACAAGUGACAAACUGUGAAAGCGUUUGUUACGGAUCAGCCCCACAGACUACGCCGACUCGCAAGUCUACAGUUCUCACGGUGUAUCAGGGAAAUUUCGAAAAAUACUUUUCGAGGAAAACGCUUUUGAUACAAUCUUUAAAGGUUGAAUUUAUCAAGAUCAGGAAAAGGGACAGUCGAAAGUCCGCCCGAGUGACGUUCUCGUACUUUGACAACAGUGAUAUCUUGUGAUUUGUACUGUGUACAUCCCACUUCACUGUACACUACUUACAGUUAUGUUUCUUCGGGGUGAUAACGGUUUUAGGAAAUCCCGACGGACUAUUCCAAACGUCAGCUGUUUCAUACAGAGCGUGUACAACCUUAUGAUGUCAUCUAGACUCGUAGCGGUUCAAUGUGAGGCUGCAGCACUAUUGGUUGAAUUGUCGGCAGUUCCACAAGUGUUAGAGGGUGUUGAAAGGUGCUAUCUCAAGAUUUUGGCUCAAAAGAACGUCGACGACACCUUGAAGAAAAUCGCUCAUGAAAGACUGAAAAACGUCCAAGAAAAAAGAAAAUCAAUCCCAAAGAGUCAAAAAAGGCGGCAAAAACUUGUCAAAUUAUAGGGAACGAAAAUGAAGCAUCCAAGAUCAUCUCUAGGAGUGGCAUAAACGGUCCAAGGAAGCAUGGGAGGAAUGUUUUCAGUCCUGUUCUCAGCAUCCAAUCGAAAAGGAAGAAGACAUCACAAGAAAACAAUCGAUAUUCAAAUAACAAAGAGAAAGCUAUUUGAGGCGCGCGAAAAAGGCGCGUAACUUUGUCGCGAAUGGUUUGAGUUUUAAAUCUAAUUGGUUGAGAAGGUGGCGCAAGUUUUCUAGACCAAUAUAUUAUAACGCAAAGUACUCGUCACACAAUUGAAAAUAUUCAAAUAGA